AUGUUCUUCUUUGCUCCCCACCGACUUCAGACCAGAGUCCAAGCCCUGGGCAGUGCAGCCUUUACCCAGACCAGCCCUGAAGAUAGGAUGAGGGGGGCUCCCAGCCUCUGGGUCCUGCUCCUGCUGGUGGCUGCGGGGGUGCGGGAAUCAGCAGGCUGUGGGCAGCCCCAAGUGUCCAGUCGAAUCGUGGGGGGCCGAGAUGCCCGUGAUGGAGAGUGGCCGUGGCAGGCCAGCAUUCAGCACCGUGGGGUCCAUGUGUGCGGGGGGUCACUCAUUGCACCCCAAUGGGUGCUAACGGCAGCGCACUGCUUCCCCAGACGGGUGCUGCCAUCUGAGUACCAGGUGCGCCUGGGGGCUCUGAGCCUGGGCCUCCCAUCACCCCACACUACCUUGGCACCCGUGCGCCGCGUGCUGCUGCCCCCGGACUUCUCCGAGGAUGAGGCCCGAGGUGACCUGGCACUAGUGAAGCUCCGUCGCCCUGUGCCCCUGAGUGCCCACAUCCAGCCUGUGUGCUUGCCCCCACCCGGCUCCCACCCACCUCACCGCGCACCUUGCUGGGUGACUGGCUGGGGCAGCCUCCAGCCAGGAGUGCCUCUCCCAGACUGGCGCCCUCUGCAAGGAGUGCGGGUGCCGCUGCUGGAUUCCAGGGCCUGCGACCGGCUUUACCACGUGGGUGCUGCCGUGCCCCAGGCUGAGCGCAUAGUCCUGCCGGGCAACCUGUGUGCUGGCUACCUCCAGGGCCACAAGGAUGCCUGCCAGGGUGACUCUGGGGGACCCCUGACCUGCAUGCAAUCUGGACGCUGGGUCUUGGUGGGUGUGGUGAGCUGGGGCAAGGGUUGUGCCCUGCCCAACCGACCAGGUGUGUAUACCAACGUGGCCAAGUACAGCCAGUGGAUUCAGGCCCGCCUCAGCCUGUGAUGUGUGAUGGCCCCGUGGUGCUCUGCUGCAUGGAGCCAGUCAUUCUGGUCCUCAGCCUCCUGGCCUGUCUAGACACAUGCACACCCCCCAC